AUGCUCAGAAUUUCAUUUAUAAGAAACAAAUUUCCUUUAAAACAAUUGAAACCUUUACAAUUUAGACCUCUUCAAUUACAAUCCAUAAGAUACAAUUCCAAAAUGUCAGGUGAAGAAAACUUAUUAUUAAUCCCAGGUCCAAUCGUCAUUAGUGAACGUGUUAGACAAGCUCAAGCAAUUCAAUCACUUGCACAUACUUCCCCAGAAUUUAUUUCAAUUUUCCAAAAAGUUUUAGUUGAUUUACGUAAAUUAUUUAAAUCCAGUAAUCCUAAGGAUCAAGGUUUAGUUAUUGCAGGUUCUGGUACUCUUGGUUGGGAUAUCACUGCUAGUAAUUUGAUUUAUCCAGGUGAAGAUGUUUUGGUUUUGUCUACUGGAUUUUUCAGUGAUUCAUUUGCAGAAUGUUUGAAAGUUUAUGGGGCAAAUGUUGAUAUCUUAACUGCAAAACCUGGUGAAGUUGUUCCAUUUGAAGAAAUUGAAUCACAAUUACAAAAAAAAUCAUAUAAGGCAAUUACUAUUACACAUGUUGAUACUUCAACUGCUGUUGUUUCUGAUGUUGGUAAAAUUUCUUCAAUUGUUAAAUCCAAAUCACCAGAUUCUUUAAUUAUAGUUGAUGGUGUUUGUUCAGUUGGUGUUGAAGAUAUAGAAUUUUCUAAAUGGGGGUUAGAUUAUGUUUUAAGUGCAUCACAAAAGGCAAUUGGAGUUCCUUCAGGUUUAUCAAUUUCAUUCAUUAGUGAAAGAGCCAUCACUAAAGCAUUGAAUAGACCAACUCAAUCAACUUUCUUCGCAAGUUUAGUUAAAUGGUUACCAAUUGUUCAAAAUUAUGAAGCUGGUAAACCUUCAUAUUUUGCAACACCAGCAAUUCAAACAGUUAAUGCCUUGAAAGCAUCAUUAGAAGAAAUCUUGGAAAGUUCAUUAGAUCAAAGAUUUGCUAAACAUCAUGAAACUUCCUCAAAAUUCAAGAAGAAUUUAGAAUCUAUUGGAUUAAAAUUAGUCUCUACAAGUGAAGAAGUUUCAGCAAAUGGUUUGACUGCAGUUUAUUAUCCUGAAGGUAUAAAAGGUUCUGAUUUAUUACCAUUAAUUUACAAGAAAGGUAUUGUCCUUGCAGGUGGUAUUCAUAAAGAUAUUAAAGACCAGUAUUUUAGAAUUGGUCAUAUGGGUGUUUCUGCAUUGGAUGAUUCUAGAGGUGAUACUGAUAAAGCGUUUAAAGUUAUUAAGGAAUCAUUGGAAGAAUUGGGAUAUAAAAGUAAAUAA